AAAUUAUUUCUUCAGGACAACUCCUUUUACCUUAACUUCAAAUAAUUAUAACUAUCAUUAAAAACUUCCACUUUUCAUUCGGAAAUCGGAAUAUAAAUUGGAAACAUCGGAAAGGAUCUAUAAAUAAGUUGGAAGUUCAAUUUCCAUGAAAAAUUCUACCUCACGGAAAUAAUUUGAUUACUUAUACUGGCAGCACUGAAACACAUAUGUAUUGCGCGCAAGAAGAAGAAAUGUAAACAAAUCAUUUAUAAGAAACAGACAUUAACGUAAAAAAAUAUUAAAAUCAUGAGAGCAAAAAUCUUUUUUUUAGCACUUUGUAUUAAUUGUAGGACCAAUAUGUACCCAUUAUUGAAGGCCGAGAACUUCUUCUAUUAACUGGGGCAAGUACUGCCAAACUAAAUAAACAAAUGCUUAAAAUUGUGAACACCACCAUAUCUAAUAACAUUCAUUUACACAUAUUUAGAAUAAAUCUGACGGGUGUUCAACCAUACAUAUGUUUAGAUUUUUUUUUGAUAACUUUUUAGAAAUUUUCAAUAUGUACUUUUUGUGAAUUUAAAAAUGUUUAAAGAAAAGUUUAAAUACUACAAACGAAAAUCACCUGUUCCAGAUUUUGGCUCUGUGAUAGAUCUUAAUAAAAAUCUCCAAGAAUUUGCCGCACAUGUACACCAAGUGGACUUAACCCACAUACAAGAUGUGGAUGAACAGUUUCCAGGUCUGGAACCUAUAAACAAGUGGCUCUGUUAUACUCUUAACUCCUCAGGUGCUAUUGUAAUAAGAAAUCCAUUCACCGUGCAAGGCCAACGUUACUGGAUGGCUCGUUGUUUAAAAGACUACCCGCAAACUCCAAAUAUAAAUAAUUUAAGUCCACAACUCUUUCCCGUAGAAGUGCUAGAUGAUUGGUGGCGAUCUUUACAACAAUGCACUGACAUAGAUGAAAUACGUCGUAUGAACAUCUCAAUGAGGUGGACUACUCUUGGGUACCACCAUGAUUGGGAUUCUAAAAAGUACUCUGAAGAAAAGCGUGGGGAGUUCCCCAAAGAUCUUGCCUCAUUAAGUGCACACUUUGCUUCGGUUUUAGGAUUUAAAUUGUAUGAAGCACAAGCAGCAAUUGUAAAUUUUUACCCAAUCGGCACAACCCUUUCUGCUCAUACAGAUCAUUCAGAACCUAAUCGAACAGCUCCAUUGUUCUCUUUUAGUUUUGGACAAACUGCGAUAUUUUUAAUUGGUGGAAGAACAAAAGAAAUGUCUCCAUUAGCAGUAUAUUUACGUAGUGGAGAUGUGCUUAUUAUGUCUGGUGAAUCCCGUUUAUGCUAUCAUGCUGUUCCACGUGUAAUGAAAGAUCGCGAGGAACCCUGGAACAAUCUUGUUCAUACAGAAAGUUCAAUAUCAAUAAGUUCGCCCAGAAGUAAAAGAGCCCGAAUAGAUUCUACGCUAGUUGAAAAAGUUAAUACAUAUGGUAUAGAUUCAACAUUAUAUCAAAAAGUAAUUGACGAAGCAUUUUGGUUACCAUUUAAAAACUACCUUAAUUAUGCGCGCAUCAACAUUAACGUGAGACAAGUAUUAAAUGCUGGUGAAACCAGGUUACCAAGUUUGGAUAGUAACACUGAAGAUAUAAAAAAAACGAAUACAAAUAGUAAUGACUGAUAAUCUUUUUUUAGUAUUACUAUACUAAUACAUGUAAGAGGUGUAUGUUACUAGUUUAAAUGUAAAUACAUAUUGUAUUAAAAUAAUGAAAAAGGUGAACAUA